GAUAGUAACAUUGCAGUUCUAUGUAAUAAGCAGUGAUUUACAGAAAUAUUAACUCCGAUUUGUGAGGAAUAAAAUAAAUCAUUGUGAGAAACUUUUCAGCUUGUGCGUUUUUGCUUUCGGAAAAAGUGGCAGAAACGCUAGGCUUCAGUUUCCACGUGAUAAUCGUCAAUCACUAAACCUACUGCCAUUGCUUACAUCAACAGGGAGAACAUCGAAAAUCGAUACCGACCUUGGUCUGCGGAUUCCUCCCGGUUUUCUACCUCUUGCCGAUGUGAACACACUCAAUUUUUCGUCCUGUUCUGUCCUAUCGGCAUGGGCAGUAGCAGGAAUUCCUGCAUAUUUUGCUAAACGGUUGAGCGUGAUCGACAUUGGACGGUAAGGUGGAAAAUCGCCAGCACCAAAAUAUUUUUUUUGUUUGAAGAGUUUUCAAAUAGUUUGUGUGAUUGAUUCAUUUGGAUAACAAGUUCCAAUUUGGAGUGUUUUAAAAUAAGCUAUGGAAGAUGCUAAAAGUGUAAUUCCGGAAAUGGAAACCGAUGGACUAGCUGCUCCCCCUCCUACAUUGCCACAGGAAACCAGCGUGGAACAAUGUCAAACUCAAUCAGUAGGGGAAUGUCCAAUGGCGAAACGUCGUCGGUUGAACGAAUUCUUUGAGGAUGACGAUUACGAUGAUGAAGAUGACCAAUUUCAAAACGGCACCCAGAUUGACAUGAUAACAAAGCAUAUGGAGGGAUUUAGCGAAAGUUUAAAACAGUUUCAAGUACUGGAUGAAGUUCAGGGAGAUAAUUCGGAUGAUGAAGAUAAUGGAGAUAAUCUGCAAGAAGACGAUGAUGACAAUAGCGAAGAUGGUUCUGAAUUUGAUUGCGAAGAAAUCGAAACCAUGCUUGAUGAAGGACUUCCUGAGGAUAUGAAGGCAUCGACUGGACCUAAAACUAAAGCUUAUGAGGAACGUUUUAAGGAAGUCUUAGAAGAAAAGGGUAGAAACCAUUUUGAAGUUCUGCCAGAAGGAUGGGUUCAAGCGACGCACAUUAGUGGAAUGCCGUUGUUCUUGCACACAUCCUCCCGAGUGUGUACUGCUUCCAGGCCGUAUUUUUUAGGCCCAGGAAGUGUUCGGAAACACGAAAUCCCUCUGAGUGCCAUUCCCUGUCUAAACUAUCGCAAAGCCUUAGAAAAAGAAGAUAUGUUGCGUAAAGAAAUAGAAGAAAACGCCGCCGCUGCAGCCUCAGAAGCUGAGAACUCGCAGGAACUCAGCUCUCAACGGCAGGAAAAACAAAUGCACAAUCUUCAGCUAAGCAAAAUGAUUGCUGGUGCUACAACCCUGGAGGAAGCGCAAGCCAACGUUAAGCUACUGCCACUUAAAGUUACUGCCCGUAUCGAAACUGUCAACGACAACCUCAAGGCCCACUCGCUCACGGCCGAGUCUUUUCAAGAGUACUGCAAGAAGCUUUUUAAAUUUAAAACAAUUAGAGUAAUGCGUUUCAAAUCAUGGGCAGCCCGACGAAAAUUAACCAAGCACAGAAAGCAUAUGAAAAAUCUUCAAAGGCCAACACUGCCAGAUGGAACCAAAUUAAUCACAUUCCCCGUGUUACACACCGAAGCUGAGAAGGGCAAUGUUCAUGCACGCCCGAAAAAGGAAUGGAUCAUGAACCCUAACGGGAAAAGUUAUGUAUGCAUUCUGCACGAAUAUGUUCAGCAUGCUCUUCGCAAGCAACCGACCUACGAUUUCAAAGAACUGGAAAAUGCAGCUACUCCAUACUCAGCGACAGUUUCCAUCAAUGAUCUAAAAUACGGCACAGGCUAUGGAACUAGUAAAAAACAAGCCAAGAGUGAAGCGGCUCGUGAAACGCUGGAAAUUUUAAUCCCCGAUAUGAAAGACAAAAUCACCAGCAAAGAUACCAAGAAGGAGCAAAACGGAGCCAGUGCCACAGAGUUGCAACCGGAAGCGCGCAAUCUAUCCGUGUUUGAUGAAAUCAAGAUCGAGGAUCCGCGUGUUGCAGAAUUUUGUGCCAAGACAACCGAGCCGUCGCCGCAUACGAUAUUGCAGACAUGCCUGCAGCGUAACUUCGGACUCGGUGAUGUGCAGAUUCAGUACGACGUUAAGGCGGGCAAACACCGGAAGAACGAAUUUACCAUGACUGUUGGGAAACACACCGCAACCGUGGUGUGCAAAAACAAGCGAGACGGAAAGCAGAAGGCAUCGCAGGCAAUUUUACAGAUCCUGCAUCCACACAUCAAAACAUGGGGCUCACUUUUGCGGCUAUACGGCAACCACUCCAUCAAGUCGUACAAGGAAAAAAAGCAGGAGGAACAGGAAAUCACCAUACUUCAAAGCAAAGCUGCCAUCAACCAGCCCAACUAUGCCAUUCUUAGCAAGUUGAAGCUGGAAAUGUCCAAACUCGAGGAACGCCAGAAAAAUGUACGCGUCAUUGGAACUUUUGUACCGGACGUGGAUCUACCAAUGGCAUCUGGGUCGAAUCUGAAAAAUGUCGAUCUCUAAUGAGAAUAUCUUAAUGACGCUUAAUGACGUACUUCAUCUAUACUAUUUCGUAUUAGCAGUAAGUCUACAGACGUUCACAGCAUGAUAACGUCAUAUCGGAAAGGCGCCAACUGGUGUGGUGAACAAAACAAUAAAAUAAGCCAAAAAUUCAGGAACUACGUUCCAAUUAAAACCUUAAAAAUGGCUAUCGACUGACAAUGGACAAUGGGUGUGAAGGUCCCGCAUCGCAGACAUGAACCAUGCCUUUGCCAGUUAUAUCAACAAAAUUGAGAAAGAAAAAACUGUGUAAGUUGCUUACGAAAGGUUGAAAAACAUUAGGAUGCAAAACACACAAGACUGAGACAUCAGUCAGAUUCAGCCUUUCGGUACUAACUCUUUAGUUGGGUCUUCUGGGGAAACGUUCAAGAUGGAAACUAGCUUCCUUAGAAUCGUGCGGAAAAUCUUGUCUCAGUUCACAAUAAAAACAAUUUUGACUAUGUAAA